AUGGCUUGUAAGACUAAAACAUGGUUUAGUUUGUAUCUUAUUUUCUUGGUUGCAUGCUACAUGCAGCAUUGUGUUAGCUCAUCUCAAGUGCCUUGCCUUUUCAUAUUUGGAGACUCCUACUCUGAUAGUGGAAACAAUAACUAUAUUCAAACCACUGCAAAGGCUAACUACAAGCCAUAUGGUAUCGACUUUCCAACAGGCCCAACGGGAAGAGCUACCAAUGGAAGAACUAGAGCUGACAUAAUUGGGGAAUUACUUGGAUUUGAGAAUUUCAUUCCACCUUUUGAAAACACUAUAGGCUCCGACAUACUUAAAGGUGUGAACUACGCGUCUAGUUCAAGUGGAAUUCUCUACGAGACAGGAAAAAAAACAGCGGGUACUAAUAUCGCUUUGGGAUUACAGUUACAAAAUCAUAAAAUUACAGUGUCCAAAAUUGUUGCCAAGCUUGGAGGUUUACCACAAGCUAGAGAUCAUUUGGCAAAGUGCUUGUAUUAUGUUUAUAUAGGCACCAAUGAUUACUCAUUAAAUUAUUUCCAGCCAGAAUACUACUCAACAAGUAAAAUCUAUAAUCCUGAGCAGUAUGCUCAAGUUCUGAUUAGCGAGUUAUCCGCUCAUCUACAGGAUCUGCAUAAAGACGGAGCAAGAAAACUUAUAUUAGUUGGAUUGGGAAAAAUAGGUUGCACUCCACUUGCAAUUACUAAUGCUGGAAAUCUUGGAUCAUGUGUUGAAACUCAGAAUGAUGCUGCAUUUAUAUUUAGUUAUAAGCUGAGAUCUCUUGUGAAUCUGUUCAAUUCCCUACGUCUAUAUUCCAAAUCUAUAUUUAUAAAUACUACCGCUCUCGCCAUACACAACUCCCCUGGUUUUCUAGUUAAAAGUGCUUCUUGUUGUCCAAUGAAGUCAAAUGGAUUCUGUUAUCCUGAUUCAGUUCCAUGCACAAAUAGAAAUGAGUAUAUUUAUUAUGAUGGAAUUCAUUCCACGGAAGCUGUGAACAACCUCUUUGCAUUAGCUUCCUAUGAUAGUACUUAUUAUCCAAAUAUGACUUAUCCAAUGGAUAUUAAACAACUUGCAGAGCUUAUUAUUGGAAAUGCGUCUUAG